UUCUGCUUUCAGUUUAUAUUGAGUGAAAGAACGUCUCAGUUACGGUAUAUUCAACAAAAAUGUAAAAUCUACUCAUCGUAGAGUUGUCGUAAAUAUAAGCGAACUGUGUUAAAUUUUUUUGUGUUAUCAAAACCUAAACUAUCAUUAACUUCCAUGAUUUACAACGAUUAAUAAGUGUUUGUACAAAAAUGAAGCUUCUGUUUAUAAAGUGCUCACAUGUACAUAUUAAAUGCAAAUAGAAAAUAGAUUUUUUUUAGUGUUAAUCAUGGACAAUUCAGCAUCCAUUACUAUCGAAAAUCAAAUGGACAAUUUUUUGGAGCAGUUCAAGCUGAGUGCUUCCAAGGAUAUUGACGUUGAGUGGAGUAAAUGUAGUUCAAGCGGAACGGACACCGGCGAUAGUCACUUUGGCAGCCCUCAACGACAGGCAACUCAAACUCAACGUCUACUACAACAAACUAAAAGCAGAUCCAGAUGCCUAGAAACAAGGGAACUCUUAGAUAAUGUGGAAAACGGUUUGGUCGAAUCUCAGGCUGUUUUAAUGACCGUCUCACAAACACAAAUGCAACAGCGGCAGCAACAGCAGCAAUAUAGCCAGCACAUGAUAGAAUCUCAGAACUCAGUUAGCAGUGGAGCUUCCACACAGACGGUGUUCUUUCAGUCAGUCACUAGCUCACCAGCGUAUGCCAGUCUUGAAUCAGGAAUAUUGCAGCAUACAGCAUCGACUAUUAGCAGCAACUCAACAAAUUCUCUUAAUUCCCUGGGUGUGACCUAUGCUGCUGAAGCGCUCAGCGCACAAAGAUCUGCCGUACAGAUUAACUCAUUACUCGAAUACAUAAGUCCAGCUGAAGCAGUAGCUACUAUGAGUGGAGAAGGCGUGCUCAAUAUUGCAGACGUGGCCGAUUUGCUGCAUCCACAGCAUGCUAUUAUUACUGGUGGCCGUUCACAAGACGGUUGCCCCUUAAUCAUUUUUCCCGAUAACAAUAAUUUUAAUUCUCUUGAAGAAGCUGACUAUCAGAAGCUCAUAUUGUACUUAAGUUCAGUGCCAUCACUCCAAGAUGCCGAUCUGGGCUUUCAUCUUAUUGUUGAUAGACGGAAGGAUAGAUGGACUUCUGUAAAGACAGUACUGCAGCGAAUAUCGAUAUAUUUCCCAGGUAUAAUACAUGUCGUUUAUGUACUGCGCCCAUUAGGUCUUUUUCAAAAAGCUAUUUCUGAAGUGAGCUCAAAAUUCUCCUCUAAAGAUGAAUAUCGCUUCCGUCUAAUAGUCUGUUCCACACUCUCGGAUUUGCACGAAUUUGUUGACAAUUGUCAACUAACUUCCGAUAUGGGAGGCUCACUAAUCUAUUCACAUCACGAGUGGAUACAGCAAAGAGUUUCAUUAGAAAAGUUUUCCAGUUUGACUCAUCAAGUUUCUGCCGAACUGGAUGUUUUUAUUCAGGCUAUACAUGAUACGGAGUUUCCAAAUUCUGUAGAAACAACAAAAAAGCUUUUGGAAGACCAGGGCACGGAUUAUGCCCGACUUAAGGAAGAGAUAUUGGCUGCAGCUAAGCAUGGCGAAACUCUCUUGGAUAAAAUAAAAGCAAUUGAAGAAUUAAAGGAGUUUUCUGAGCGAACUGGAAAUAUAAGCGCCAUUGAAAGAAACAAUGCAGGGCAGCCAAAACAUCGACAACAAAUUAUUUAUCAUCAACAAUAUAAAUUUAAACAACCUCAACAUUAUGAUGAUUGUCGCGAUUACCGUAGACUACUGGUGCAACUAGAGGAAACCGAGCGCCGGUUUGAUGAAUUCUGGCGUACACAUUGCAACAGACUCGAGCAAUGUCUCCAUUUGCGUAUGUUCGAGCAGGACUUUCGAGAGCUGCAGAACAUAUUCGAUGGUCAUAUGAAAACUGUUGCAUUUAUGACAGAGAUUGGUGAAAGUGUGAAUCGCGUUGUAGCACUAAUUGAAGAAACCCAGGAAUUUUGUUUGUUAAUCGAAUCGGACAUCCAGAAUGCAAACAAAGUUAUUCAAAGUGGGCAACAGCUCAUAGGGUCUCGAGGUGUGUACCCCUGGGAGAUAGUGCAGCCAAAAUGCGAUGAAUUGGAACGAGUGGGAAAAUUAAUUCGAAUGCGCCUGACCAGGAGGCUCGAGAUCCUAGCAAAGAAUAGUGAGCUUAUGGAGAGAGUUGAAAAGGCAAACCAAUGGUGUGCCAAUGGUGUCGAGUUGUUGGCUUCGCAGCGUAUUGAGAAAUGUUCGGUGUCGGAGGACUUGGCGGAACAAAGUUUGCAUGAAAUACAAGCAUUUAUCGCAUCUGCUUCUAAUUUUAAAUUAUCUAGUCCAAGUGAAUUCAAAAAAAUAUUUUUAGAGAGCACUACUCCAGAAACCAAAGCACUUGUAUCUCAGAUUUCCUUACAGGUAUUGCAACGAAUUGACGAUGUGUCUCUUAUGUGCGAUAAACGAAUUGCUAGUCUGAAGAAAUUAGCUCUGAAACCUCCACGUCCUGUGCAGCAGGUAACCCCAGAGCCAGCUGUGCCUCUGCAGCCACCAGGUGGAGCGCCGCAUCUGUUGCGACGUAAGCAGAACAAGACCAUUAUUAUGCACGAGUUGCGACCCAGAUCUAUGGACGGUGUCAUUGACUCGGUUGUCACGUUGAAUCGCGACUCCGGAUUGAGCCUAGAAUCCAAUCAGCAUAUGCAAAGUCAACAGGAUGUGGAGGCGCAAAAACUUAAACGUGGUCAUGUUCUUUCUGAAUUGCUGGAAACGGAACGCAUCUACGUAAACGAAAUGAGCUCGAUUCUUAAAGGCUAUUGUGAUCAAAUGCAGUCUGAUGAACUAAUACAUUUAGUGCCCGCGAGUCUUCAGGGCAAGGAGGAUAUACUUUUUGGCAAUCUGCACGAGCUGUUUACCUUUCACAACGAUAUUUUUCUUAAGGAUCUUGAGAAUUGCAUUUCGACCACAGAGCUAGUGGCUCUUUGCUUUGUGCAACGACGUGACACCUUCUAUCGACUGUACUCAUUUUACUGUCAAAAUAUACCUCGCUCGGAACGCCUAAGAGAGACUUUGGUUGACACACAUCUGUUUCUACAGGAAUGCCAAAAGAGAUUGGGCCAUAAGCUUCCCUUGGCGGCAUACUUGUUAAAGCCCGUGCAGCGUAUUACAAAGUACCAAUUGCUACUGAAAGAUUUGUUAAAGUUUAGUGACAGUGGCAGUUGCACCAAGGAGCUACAAAAAGCAUUGGAUUGUAUGCUUAUUGUACUAAAGUGUGUCAAUGAUUCAAUGCAUCAAGUCGCGAUUACGGGCUUUCCGACCGAUCUGGCGCAGCUGGGAGAAUUGUUGCUUCAGGACUCAUUCCAAGUAUGGACAGAAUCAAAAAAGGACAUUCGCUUGCGUAUCAAGCCGCAGCAAAGGCACAUUUUCCUCUAUCAAAAAUCGCUUUUAUUUUGCAAGCAGACACCUAAGACAAGUCACAGCAAAAGCACCUAUCAGUUUAAACAUCAUCUCAAGAUGUCACAGAUAGGGCUCACUGAAACCGUACGUGGCGAUCCAAAACGCUUUGAGGUAUGGCUUCAAGGCCGCCAGGAAGUUCACACCCUCCAUGCGCCAACACUGGAAGUUAAAAUAAAGUGGGUGACUGAGAUCAAGAAGGUUUUACUUAACCAACUAGAGGAAUUAAAAGGCGAAAAAAUAAAGCAAUACGGUCUAAAUCAUCGGGGUCUUAAACAAACCACGUCUUGGGAUACGCCUAAUAUUAUUAUUGGCCAGCAUAGCCGCGCAAUCAAUUGUGAUUCGUCAUCGGAGUCGUGGAGUCGUAACUCGAACAGCAGCGACAACAUUGGACAUGCUGCAUGCACCAAUUCCACAGGCGGUGCAGGUAUCGGUGAUAGAGACCACCCAGAGGCCUGUAGCUGGAGCUCUGACUAUUCAAAUAGCGAGGACGAACUGUCCUUAAAUGAGGACAUCAGUACACCGGGUGGUAAAUUCAUUGCUCUGGCUGAUUAUAUAGCUAUGGGGCACUCGGAAGUUUCGAUACGUGAAGGUGAAGUAAUUGAGCUUUUAAAAGUGGGGUGUGCUGGCUGGUGGUAUGUCCGUGUCUUAGACACAAAUUCAGAAGGUUGGACACCAGGAGCGUAUUUGGAAUCAAUCAAUCGAAAAUAUUCAAACACAAAGAAGGAGUAAAUAAAUAUAAUAACAAACUCGGUGGAAGUGGACCUGCCAGAAGAAGCGUUACCGAAGUAGCUGUCACAAAAAAAAAGACAAAUAAAAUCUUUCUUCCCAAUAA